GCUAGCAAAUCGAACGUAUGCUGGAGGUGGUGUUCCAUUCUCUUGCAGGACGCUUCUCUCUAAACCAGGCUAGCUGCUAACAUCAGACAUUUUCAUGUGAAUUUACCAUGGCUGGCAUUAAAGCAUUGAUCAGCCUGUCCUUUGGUGGGGCUAUUGGCCUGAUGUUCUUGAUGCUCGGCUGUGCACUGCCAGUAUAUGAUCGAUACUGGCCCCUCUUCCUCCUCUUCUUCUACAUCCUGGCUCCGAUUCCCUAUUGCAUCUCGCGAAGGGUGGUCGAUGACACAGACUCUGCCAGCAACGCUUGCAAAGAGCUGGCCUUGUUCCUCACGACCGGAAUAGUGGUGUCGGCCUUUGGGCUACCCAUUGUGUUCGCCCGUGCAGAAGUGAUUGCCUGGGGAGCUUGCGCUCUGGUGUUAACAGGAAACGUCGUCAUCUUUGCCACUAUCUUGGGAUUCUUCCUGGUGUUUGGCUCCAACGACGACUUCAGUUGGCAACAGUGGUAAACUGACGCUUUGGGGGGGAGGUUGAGGAAAUCCAGUCGGAACUGUUUUUAUGACUCACAUUGUAAUUAUUAUUAUUACUAUCGUUGUCAUUUGUUGUUGUUGUUGUUUUAUUUAUGAGACCGCCCAUCUAUAGUCGCAAAGGAGAACAGUGCAAUAAGCUGUUAUAAAAUGUCUAGCAAGUGUUGAAUCGAUGUCAGAGAAAAUGCUUUAGAGAGGGAACCAAAUGCUGAGGUUGUUCUGAAUCUGACAUUUGUUUAUGAUAUCGUGGUUUUCUUCUCCAUGUCAUUCAUUCAUUUCCAUUUGUUCUGGCCUUUUGUUCAUUGUUGGGUCAGUAUUGCAAUUUGUGAUGAGCUUGGAGGGAGAAACAACCUUGUCAUGGUGUUGGGGUUGGGGGUUGAAAGACCAGGGACAGUAUCUGUGAUGCGUUUAAAAGCAUUAGUAAGUUUAAAGCAUUAGUGAGCGGUUGUUACUUUAAAACUGUAGCAUUGUCAUUUGGAACAGCGUGCAUCAGAUUCAACAUAUGUGAUUGUAGUGUUGAAUAGCGCAAAGGGCCAAAUAAGAUGCUGCUUAAUGGCAAGUACUCAGGUUCAUGUUACUUGUCAUUUGGGGAAAAACGUGCUCUCCCUUUCAUAUGGGUUCUGGCUCGGUGUGUGUUUUAAGUUAUGCUAGCUUUGCAUUUGUCCUUGAAUAUACUGACACAAAUGGGUUCAAAGCUAUUGACUGAGAACAGCUUGGACCAAUUUAACGGCACAUCUUGCUUUUUAAAUAACGCAGGUAACGGCCUAUCCCAUUCAACAUAGUCAAAAACACUGUCUGCUUUUACCAUGUAAAUGGUAUACAAGUAACCCAAUCAUGUCGCCCAUACCCGCAAAUAAUCCCCAUUGUCUCAUUUACCACAGCAUGGCACAUAUGUCAUGACGUCGCAUAGCAGAGUAGAUUGGUGGAAAUGAAGUCGGGCUAUUGCUAAAUGUUUGUAACUUAUUGUUGAGAAAGUUCUGAAGGUGUUUGUAUCAAUUAGUUCUCCCUGGACAGUAGGUGUUGCAGGUAUAAUGGGAUUAGGUGAGGUUAGGUGAGGCCGCAUCUGGUAGUCAACGCCAUGUGUACUAUAUUAGCCGCCCUCUCUUAGUGACUUAAAGCCCAUAUGUGGGUGCACAACAGAGUUCUUCAUCCUUCACUCCUAGGUUCCAACAUUUGUCUGUGUACUGUCUAUGUGUGUGUUGUCUAUGCCCCCUAGACAUUAUGAAGCAAAAACAUACGAAAAAAAGAGAAAGCGAGAAAAAAAAGACCAUCUCAGAAGCACUGAAGAGAUUCUGGUACCUCUCUCUGUUUUUUUUAUUUAUUCAUUUUAUUGUUUUAUACUCUCUUAUCUGUCUUAGCCAUUGUGUUGGUCUGAAGAGUUCAUAUUUCUGUUACGUUUUGGUUCGUUCUUGUCAUUAUGACAGCCCUUUUGCACCUUUUAACAUGUUUUAGUAAAGAUGUUUUGAUUAUUUUUCUUUGAAAGCCUUAGUCUGUUAGCAGUAUUGUCCUGGCAAAGAGUACGUAAUGUUUUGUUUUUCUUUUCUGAAAUCACAUGCAGUUUCAUGUGUGGCUAAAUUAUCCAAACCUUUAUACACAGUACUGAGGGAGUUCUUUGCCUACUGUCAUGCACAUGUAAAUACACACAGCGUUUUUGUGUCCUUGAAAAAGCAAAUGUAUACCUUAGCAAGUAGAUCAUCAGCUUUCAUAGAGAUGAUUUAUAUUAAAAACAACUAUACUCUCUUUGGGAGAACUUGUCAAUCUGAAUUGCAUGAAUCAGAAGUUUUGCCGGCCCAGAUAUGAAAUUGAAUAAAAACACUGCUUGGCCUGCCUCGUGGAAGACCGUAAAUGUGCCCUCUUGCCCACGGGUGAGCUCGGCGUCUAAUCUAUUCCAUUUAACCGGACGCUUUACGUUGAUGUCUGAUGCUGUUUUAUAUCUAUAACUUUGUGUGUUUAAAAGGGGCUCAAGUCAACAUGGUGAUUUCUUUUUUAAAAUAAAUGCCAUUUUUGAAACUA